GACACACAGUUAUCAGAGCGCUAUCAGCGUGAACAUUCUACUCUGCUCCAGACCGCCGUCACAGCAGCCUGCAAAAGCACAAUCCGUCGCUAGCCAUGAUUACAAUUAAAUGUAAAGACUACAAUCUGGAUCCCCUUCCGAUCAAGAUUGGAAUUGUUGGCGGUUCGGGACUUGAUGACCCUGACAUCUUAGAAAACCGCCAGGAGCGUGUGGUGGAAACGCCCUACGGAGAGCCAUCAGAUGCCCUGAUCGAGGGCGAGAUCAAUGGAGUCCAGUGCGUGCUUCUGGCGCGACAUGGACGCAAACACGACAUCAUGCCCUCCAAUGUCAACUACCGGGCUAACAUUUGGGCCCUACGCGAUGUGGGCUGCACGCACUUGAUUGUGUCCACGGCUUGUGGUUCCCUGCGUGAGGAAAUCAAGCCGGGCCACCUGGUUAUUCCACAUGACUUUAUAGACAGAACUACCAAACGCCUGCAGACCUUUUAUGAUGGCAAGGCGAAAAGUCCACGUGGUGUUUGCCACCUGCCAAUGUAUCCAGCAUUUAGCGAACGCACCCGCAACAUCCUACUCGAGGCCUCGAAGGAGCUGGAGAUCCCCGCUCAUGAAAAAGCCACCAUUGUGACAAUUGAGGGUCCGCGUUUCUCCUCUCGCUCCGAGAGCCUCAUGUUCCGACAGUGGGGCGGAGACCUAAUAAAUAUGACCACAUGCCCAGAGGUGGUGUUAGCCAAGGAGGCGGGCCUACUCUACGGAUCGGUGGCAAUUGCCACCGACUAUGAUUGCUGGCGUAUGGGAUGCGAGGGUGUCAAUGUGCAAGAUGUCCUACGUACUUUUGCCGAGAACGUUGUAAAGGUAAAGAAGAUCCUGGUCAAUGCAGUAGGACGCAUUGCCAAGGAGGACUGGUCGGAGGACGUAUUGAAUGCCAAGCAAUGCGUUUGCAACAACACCAUGUCUGGGGCCAUGUGACGUUUUAUAAAACUUUGCCAUGAAAUAACCGAAGAGACGCUGAUUCGCCGCAAGAUAUAUGUAAAACCGUUCUACCAACAGUUCCACAGAAAACGAGGACCCAAAGUCCACUCCAUAUCCAUUACAUACGAAUUGGAUCCGGAGGACACUAGACAGCCAGUAAAAACUCCAAGCAAAUGUGAAACUGUAACGUCUGCCUCAGCGUCGCAGUAAAAAAAUAUACAUAUGUAUGUAACUACAAACUUCUCCUUAA